GAUCGAACAUGCUUUGGCGACUCUUCGCGGUUCUGGCGGUAUUAGGCGGUUUUAUCGCCAUUUGUUCUUGCGAACCCGUGAACAGAAAACAUCUACUGAAAGCGUCGAGGACAAUCGAGUGUGCCGGCAAUGAAGGUGACAUCUCCAUGUGUAGAACCAAUGAGUCGGCUGAUACUCCUUCGUCAAAUAGCGAGAAUCAAACGCGAUCCAGCAGGAAAGUUGAACAAAAACUCGUUGAUGAUGUCAAUGACGUAGGUGAAGUUUCUGCUCGAAAAAGAAAUAAAAAAGGAGGUGGCAGAAUAAUAUUUUACAUGAUAGCUGCUUUAAAAGCAGCAUUGGUUUAUGGACUUUUACAUGGUGUUGCAGCUCUCGCAGGGAAGGCAAUAUUGCUUGCCAAAAUAGCUUUAGCAAUUGCCAUUGCCGCAAUUGUAAAAAAGAAUGAUUCUGAAAAAGUUUCUUAUGAAGUAGUGAAACAUCCACAUCACAGCUAUAUACAAACCCACAGCUCUAGCGUCGAUUACGAUCAUCGUAGUGAUUACAGUGACGAUCGUAAUGAUUACCGUCCUGAUUACCGUAAUGAUUACUUUUACGAACAUCGAAAGCGACGCCAACUUAUAUUUUAAUAUAAAUAGAUUUUCAAGCAAAUAUAAAAUGAAUUAUUUAUAAA